AGUAAACAACGCAAGAACCGCACCCCGAGUUUACACCAAAAAACUUGCAACAAAAAAAAAAAAUUAUUAUUAUUAAUAAUAAAUAUUAACCCUGUCAAAUACAGAAAAAAAAAACAUCAAAUUAAUCAUAGAAAAAAAUUUUUUUUUUCAUUAGAAUUUAUCUAUAUUUGAAAUAUAAUUUUUUUUUUUUUUUUUUCUCUUUUCUACUCCAAAAAAUAUUUUUAACCAAUGAAAAGUCGUUAUUAUUAUUCCCUCCCCCCCCCCGCUCUUUAUUAUUUAUGGAAAAAUAAUUAUUAUUGAUAUUAUUUAUCCCUAUUGAAUCAGUAAUUUUAUAAAUAAUAAUAAUAUUGAUAAUAAAAUAGAAAAAAAAUUAUGCCAGAUUAAAAUGUAUUCAUUUUUUUUUUUUUUUUUUAAAUAAUUGUAGUGGGGAAAAAAAGCGCUAGCUUAGCGCGUCGCGUAGGCGAGUGUGCGACGCGCCCCUUAAAUACAAAACCUAUAUUUUUCUCUCUUUUAUGAUGAAAAAAAAAUAAAUAAUAAUAAUAAAAAAAAAAAAAAAACACAUGUAUUUGAUAAAUGUAAAAUAUCUUACUCUGUUUCACUCAUUUGACCUGCAUCAGAUGUAUUUACUUUAAUACCAAUACAUUUAUAAUAUCUGUAUGUUGCGUAUGCGCACAUUUGACUUGACAUUAUGCGCAUACACCACACACAAGGCUUAUAUCCAAAAGGGUCUUUGCCAUCCCUGGGUUUAGAGUGACUACGGCGUAGUGAUACCACCGAGCAUCGUACGGUCAACAAGAGGCAUUCCUCCAUUGCUGUUUCGAAUAAGUAAAUCCCGGCAUUAUUGACGAAGUGAACUUUGUCGGAAUAAAAUAAUCUUUGGGUUAUUAAGACGGAUAUUAAAAUUCGGCUCUUGAUUUUCUACCGGUGAAUUAUUUUGAGUGGUGGAAAGUCAGUAUACCUGUAUUGCCACACCUUUUGACCACUUGAAGCCAUCACAUACACAACAAUUCAACAAAACAUAUUAUCAAUUUAAUAUCAAAUAUGGCUGAUCAAUUAACUGAAGAACAAAUUGCUGAAUUCAAAGAAGCAUUUUCGCUGUUCGAUAAAGAUGGUGAUGGCACAAUCACCACCAAAGAAUUGGGAACAGUUAUGCGUUCACUCGGACAAAAUCCAACAGAAGCCGAGUUGCAAGAUAUGAUCAAUGAAGUUGAUGCUGAUGGAAAUGGUACAAUUGAUUUUCCUGAAUUUUUAACAAUGAUGGCACGUAAAAUGAAGGAUACGGAUAGUGAAGAAGAGAUUAGAGAAGCAUUCAGGGUGUUUGAUAAAGAUGGCAAUGGUUUUAUAUCAGCUGCUGAACUCAGACAUGUUAUGACAAAUUUGGGUGAAAAAUUGACUGAUGAAGAGGUAGAUGAAAUGAUCAGAGAAGCUGAUAUUGAUGGUGAUGGUCAAGUUAAUUAUGAAGAAUUCGUCACAAUGAUGACAUCAAAGUGAAUACACCAAGUGUGCUGGAAUAACUCGCGACUUGAAGUGGUGUGACGUACUAAGUAAAAAAAAAAAUAAUUAAAAAAAAAUUACAAAAAAAAAAAAAAUUACAAAAAUUACAAAAUAAUAAAAAAAAUUAAAUAAAAAAAGUUAAUGAAAAAAUAAGAAAAAUGAAUGCCCCUAUUACUUAUCAAAAGGACAACAGAUCCGGUGAUACUUAGAGAUAAUGUGUCUCAAGCAAAGCAUUUUGAAAAAUUGUCUCUUAAAAUUUGUCAUCGAUUUAUUUAAAAUGGAAAAACUAAAAAAAUAUUUAAAAAUAUUAGCAUCAGGGACAUUUUUUCUUUUUUUUUAUUUUCUUCUUUUCUUCUUUUCUUCUGAUAUAAAAAAUUCGUUAAAUCCAUUUCAUCGUUAAUGCUGUUUUGAAAACUUAAUUAAAUUAAAUUUAAAAAAAUAAACAAAAAUUAUUGUGUUUUGCAUAAAUUGUAUAAACACCCAUGAUAAAUUUAAAACUAUCAGUGAGUGGAAAUGGCAUCAUUGAAACGGGAAAAAAAAAAUAAUUAAAAAUGGUGUUCACACGUAAUAUUCGUUGAUAAAAUUCACUGUCCGCUUCCAUUAUUUAAAAAAAUAAUAAUAAUUAAAAAAAAAUCAAUCUGCCUUUUUUUUUUUUUUUUUCAUUUCCAAAAUCUAUCUCUUUACGUUGAAGAAAUAAUAAAAAUUAAAAAAAAACAUAAAUUGUAAAAAUAACGGAAACAAAAAAAAAAACAGCAGAAAGUAAAGUAAAAAAAAAAAAAAACUAAAAAAAUUCGAGUAAUUUCCGAUAAAUUUAUAGCACCACCUUUCUUCGUUCCCUCCCUUAUCUCGUCACCCUCUCAUUUCCCAUCAAUUUCUAGUAACUUAAUGUUAAAAAAUAAUUAAUUAUUAUAAAUGAAAUCAUACCGUUAAAUCGUCAGCGGUUGUGAAUUCAUCAAUUUUUGUUCCGAGUGUACAUUUUUUUUAAGAAAAGAACAAAGCAAAAAAAAAAAAAAAAAAUAUUUACCUAUUAUGUGUAAACUAAAUUUAAAUUAUUAGAAAAAGAAAAAAAAAAAAUUAAAUAAAAAACACCUUUCUUUUUUAAGUUAAGAAAGUAAUAUUAAAAAAAAAAAAAAAAAAAGUAAAAAACAAUAUAUAAAUGAUAUAAUUAAAAAAAAAAAAAUUUAUGCUCAUUAUUGUUACGUGUAUCGAGGGGCACUGUGCCUCCAUCCUCCAUCUAAAAAUUUUUAAAAAAUUAACUUGUUCUACAUUUUUUAACACACAACAAAUACACACACACACUUACACACACACAUACAAAUAUUAAUAUGAAAAAUUCAUAAAGAUUCAAUUAAAGACAAAAAAAUUAUAAGCUAAUUAAAAAAAAAAAAAACUUUAAAUGAAAUUUAUAGCUCGUUGUUGUUGUUUUUUUUUUUUAUUUUUAUUAAUUUUUUUUUGUUUUUUUUUUUCUCAAAUUGUAGAUGAACAAUUAAAUCGUUAUUGUGUCUAUUCAAGUGGGUUUAUCAAUAUCUUGACUGCAGGUUUCCUUGACCCUUGUUUAUUAAUUUCCUCUGUAUCUUAUUAUCAAAUAGUAUAGUUACAAAAAAAAAACCAUUGUUUAGCUAUUUAAUUUAUAUAAGUAAUG